CAGCCCCGGCCCCGCCAGCCCCGGCCCCGCCCCCUUCUCUCAGCCCCUUCAGCCCGAGCCCCUCGAAGGCCACCCCGCUCCCGCCCCCCUCCCCCGCCCUGGCUUCCGCGGUGCCGACCCCGCGCAGCUCCGUGGCCUCACCUCUGACUCCUAGGCCCUCCCUGCCCAACCCCCUGCCGCGGGAGUCCGUCUCGACCCCUCCCAUGCCUCCCAGUCCCACCCUGCCCAGGACAAGCCCGCUCGGUGUGAACGGUUCCCCGUGAGUCGAGGGUGGAGAAGCCAGCCUCCUGCCCCCGAGUGGUACCCUAGCAGCCCACCUCUUUUAGGGGUGCUCAGAACACCCAUUACUCAUCCACAACUACUAGGGUAGCUUUCGCAGGGUGCAGUGCUUACGGGGCGGAAGGGUUUGGAAACAUACCCAUGCCCUGGGUGGAAUGGAGCUCCUGUCGCUAGGUGAGCCCAGUAGCCUUUGGCUUGGCAGAGGCCACGCUGUUAUAAUUUUCCUCCAUACUAGGAAUAAGGUAGGAACAAAAAAGGAAGAACCAGCCCUUACCGGGCUCAGGGGAGCAACACGAGAAUGUCCGCUCAGUACUUGAGGACAGAGGCUGGAGAGAGGACUACCCAUUUACACUGAGAACCUCCGUUCCUCUCUCUGCUCUGUGCUGGAGAGUGCAGAGCCAGAGAUCCAGAACGGCCCAUCUCUAAAGGUGGCCAUGUAUGGUGCUCUCAGGGCCAGAGAGGGGCAAGAGGAUGCUUUCCCAGCCCCACCAUGGAGCUGCGCUGUGGGGGAUUGCUGUUCAGUUCUCGCUUUGAUUCAGGGAAUCUAGCCCACGUGGAGAAGGUCAUGGUUCUACUUCAGCGUCCGGGGAGGAACACCAGGAAAACUCAUCAAGAUCAACAUUAUGAACAUGAACAAGCAGAGCAAGCUGUAUUCCCAGGGCAUGGCCCCCUUUGUGCGCACACUGCCUACCCGGCCACGCUGGGAACGCAUUCGAGACCGGCCCACCUUUGAGAUGACAGAGACACAGUUUGUGUUAUCCUUUGUUCACCGUUUCCUGGAGGGCCGUGGGGCCACCACCUUCUUCGCCUUCUGCUACCCCUUCUCCUACAGUGACUGCCAGGAUUUGCUAAACCAGCUAGACCAGCGCUUUCCGGAGAACCACCCCACCCAUAGCAGCCCCCUGGAUACCAUCUAUUACCAUCGGGAGCUCCUUUGCUAUUCUCUGGAUGGACUUCGUGUAGAUCUGCUGACGAUCACUUCCUGCCAUGGCCUUCGAGAAGAUCGAGAGCCCCGUCUAGAGCAGCUAUUUCCUGAUACCAGCACCCCUCGACCAUUCCGUUUCGCAGGCAAGAGAAUAUUCUUCUUAAGCAGUAGAGUACACCCAGGGGAGACUCCAUCUAGCUUUGUCUUCAAUGGCUUUCUGGACUUCAUCCUCCGACCUGAUGAUCCCCGGGCCCAAACCCUACGUCGCCUCUUCGUCUUUAAGCUGAUUCCCAUGUUGAACCCUGAUGGUGUGGUUCGGGGACACUACCGCACAGACUCACGUGGAGUGAAUCUGAACCGUCAGUACCUGAAGCCUGAUGCCGUCCUGCACCCGGCCAUCUAUGGGGCCAAAGCUGUGCUUCUCUACCACCAUGUGCACUCUCGUCUGAACUCCCAGAGUUCCUCUGAGCACCAGCCCAGUUCCUGUCUCCCUCCUGAUGCUCCUGUUUCUGACCUGGAGAAAGCCAACAAUCUCCAAAAUGAAGCUCAGUGUGGGCACUCAGCUGACAUGGAUAAUGCUGAAGCCUGGAAACAAACAGAGCCAGCAGAACAGAAGCUCAACAGUGUGUGGAUUAUGCCACAACAGUCUGCAGCGCUUGAAGAGCUAGCCCCUGACACCAUCCCCCCCAAAGAGAGUGGCGUUGCUUACUAUGUGGACCUGCAUGGACAUGCUUCCAAAAGGGGCUGCUUCAUGUACGGAAACAGCUUUAGUGAUGAGAGCACCCAGGUGGAAAACAUGCUGUAUCCAAAGCUCAUCUCCUUGAACUCAGCCCACUUCGACUUCCAGGGCUGCAAUUUCUCAGAGAAGAAUAUGUAUGCCCGAGACCGUAGAGAUGGCCAGUCUAAAGAGGGAAGCGGCCGUGUUGCAAUCUACAAAGCCUCAGGGAUAAUCCACAGCUACACACUUGAAUGCAACUACAACACUGGACGCUCAGUAAACAGCAUCCCUGCUGCCUGCCAUGACAAUGGGCGUGCCAGCCCCCCUCCCCCGCCGGCUUUCCCCUACAGAUACACUGUGGAACUAUUUGAGCAGGUGGGACGAGCUAUGGCCAUCGCAGCUCUGGACAUGGCGGAAUGUAAUCCAUGGCCCCGAAUUGUACUGUCAGAGCACAGCAGCCUUACUAAUCUACGGGCCUGGAUGCUGAAACAUGUACGCAACAGCCGAGGCCUAAGCAGCACUCUGAAUGUGGGUGUCGGCAAGAAGAGGGGCCCUCGAACUCCACCCAAAAGUCACAAUGGGUUGCCUGUUUCCUGCUCCGAAAACACCUUGAGCCGGGCACGAAGUUUUAGCACUGGCACAAGUGCUGGUGGUAGCAGCAGCAGCCAACAAAAUUCUCCACAGAUGAAGAAUUCCCCCAGCUUUCCUUUUCAUGGCAGUCGGCCUGCAGGGCUGCCAGGCCUGGGCUCUAGUACCCAAAAGGUCACCCACCGGGUGCUGGGCCCCGUCAGAGAGCCCCGAAGCCAGGACAGGAGAUGGCGGCAGCAGCCACUGACCCAUCGUCCUGCAGGCAGCCUUGCUCCAUCCCCAGCUCCUACUAGUUCUGGCCCAGCCUCCUCACACAAGCUGGGCUCCUGUCUACUGCCCGAUUCACUCAACAUACCAGGGAGCGGCUGCUCACUCUUGUUCUCCGGGGACAAACCAGAGGCUGUCAUGGUAAUCGAGAAAGGUCUGCUAGGGACUGGAGCUCGGAUGCCCUACAUCAAGACUCGAUUGCAGGUAAUAUUUUUGGGUCUUCAGCACAACUACUCUGGCAGAACCCAGCAAGGCACUGUUCCUCUGGGUAGUGGGAGGGAAAAUGCUCAGCACUGCUUUACUGCCUCUACGCUUGGCCACAUCAGAGAGCUUCUCUGGUGCCUGAGUGCCUGUCUAUCCAGUCCCCCUCCUGCCCUCCACCAUCCCCAACAGCCAGGUCAUUUGCUUGCUUUCAACCUGUCCCUGCCAGAUAUACCCCAACUUCAGCCUGCUAGCUUUGGCUUUCCCUGCCCCUGCCCUUAGCUUCUCCUCUCUUUCUGCCCAGACCUGCCCGAGGAGAGUUUCCGCCAGGAGGGGUCCCGGAUUCCCCAGGUAACACAUUUGGUUGCUGCUGCUAGGAACAGCCCUGCCACCAACUCCGAUUCAGUCCAGAUCCCCAUGCUAGGUAAAGUUGAGUAUAGGCAGAAGCUGACCGGAUGGGUGAAGCGUACACUGCUCUGGCAGGGGCUGAGGCAUAGAGGGCUCUGAGAGAGGUCUACCAACCCUCACUAUCUUUCUACACAGUGUUUCUCUACUCACCCAGACCUUAGUCAUGGUGUAGCCAUGGCGGUUAAAUGCUGGAUCUGUUUGCCACCCCUAGUUAUAGACUUGGAGUGCACAGUCAUGGACUGAAUCCAGGACUUCUCUGGCUAUUAUAGUGCCUCACCCUCUCAGCUAGAAUUCAAUGUCCCAGUACCUCUACUGAUCCCUAUACUACAACACUCUAAUGCAUGGAAACUCUAGAAGCAAACUAAAAGCAAAAAACUCAUGGAAGAAUCCAGCCUCUUAGCACAAACCCUGUCCACACAGGCUAGGCCCAGGUUGGGCCGGGGCUCACCGCCGACUCGCAGAGGGAUGAAAGGCUCUUCAGGCCCCACAUCCCCUACCCCCCGGACCAGGGAGAGCAGUGAGCUGUAGCCGGGACCCUGCUCUGCUAAACCAGGGUGAGCACUUGGGUCCAGUCCCUCACCCCACCCCUCACUUCUGUCCCCUCAUUCCCAUUUCUGUCAUUCAGAAUAAUUUUCUGCCUUCCCUACUCCUUUUGAGCACUAAGACUAAAUGUACUUUCAUUAAGAAUCUAGUCCCUGAUUUUCUUUUCCCCCACCAUGGCCACAGUCUUCAAUCCAAAGGAAAAGAAAACAACUUUUAGUUAGGGCCUAAGGCCUAGGAGCUGGCUGGUUCCAGCAAGAGACCACUGCAGUAACCAACUUGCCCAUCCUUACCCAUCUUCAUCUGGAUCCACUUGUUUCACUUUCCAGCCCCUGGUUAGCAGAAUAGUAGAGAAGCAGAGUUUUCAUAGCCCUGAUUCCUCUCUCUUCUCUGUUGCAGGCUGCCUCAGGCCAGGCCCCCACGGCCCCGCUCUGCCCCUGCCUUUUCUCCUAUAUCCUGUAGUCUGUCUGACUCCCCAUCCUGGAAUUGUUACAGCGGGGGUCCCUUGGGCCAACCUGAGGUUUGUUUUGUCCCUAAAUCUCCCCCACUCACUAUUUCUCCCCGGGUCUGAUAAUGCCUUUAUGUUGAAGCCCAAGAUAUAGUCCCAAGAUGGGGUAACACGUGGGAAAUAUGCUAGUUCCCCUCCAGGCCGCUGAUUCCAUGUGACAGCCGUUAAGUCCUUGGAAUGCCAGCCACGCUGUCCAAAGCAUUAAAGAGCAGCACCUUGAGACAGAACAAAACAGGGACCUGCGACCCCUUCCUUCCCUCCACAGCACAAGAUUUGGGGACCACAAAAAAAAAUCUAUAUUUUUAUAUUGGGGGGAGGGAGUAGAAAAGCAAGCCCCUAUGCUGGGCCCUAUUCAGUGGCAGCUUCUUGUUCCAUAGGAUUAAGGAAGACUUUGAGGAAAUAAAAGUUGUUUGGAAAAAUC